UCUUUGCAGAAAUCAUCUCUUCUUUCUGCUAUAGCUAUCUUCAGUUCUCUUUUGCUUAUACUUUGCUUAUACUGCAAAGAUUACAAUCUUUUAGCUGAAUGCAAGAUUGCUAAAUCCGAAUCUUUCCGUUAUCAGAUCUGCAUACAUCUAAGUUUAUCAAAUUGCAACGUUUGUAGCCUGAUAUCUGCACAAUUGAAUCAUAUAAUCGCUCAAUAUUAUUGCUUGAAAGCGAAGAUAAAAACGAUUGAAAAGGAAGCUGCUAAGCUGAAUGCUAAACUUCUUAAGCUAUAUAAGCAGAAAAGAAUGUAA